AUGUAUCUGUAUCACCUCAGUUACCUUGCGCUUCAAGCUCUCGCGCACCCAGGGCAAACUACUUGUGGAACUCACGUCGCUCACAACUAUACCCACCAUAUCGUUCUCAACACGAUUAACGAGAAUGACUCCUCUGCGUCCUUCCACGAAGCAUCAAAGACAACGGAACCCCCGGUCUCGUAUGCCACGGAGACGCUGGCGGACGACAUUGGAAGUAUGCCGUUUUGGAUGUGGUUCGGUGGCCCAGAACCACCUGAUUGGUGUGGAUCUCAACUGUCGCCAUACACAAUAGCAUUUCAACCACGCGAUUUCCGUAAACUUGAGGAACGACUCGGCGACAAGAUGGAGACGUUUCAGGAACCAGGAAUUAUCAUGAGAGGGCUCUUCCGCAUUUUGCUCGACCCCGGCGUUUUCCCUUCUCCGCCAUCUUCUAUGACGGUCAGCGGAAGGCUUCCAGCAGAGGAUUAUGCAAAGACGGAAUCUUCUUACACGAACAUGGUGAGGACCUACGCGAUGACGAAACGCAACAUUAUGGCUACACACAUCACCGCAGUCUGUAAUAUCCUGAAGAGAGACAGCGCCCAAGGCGUCGUGAAGAACUUCGAGGCAGACACGCUCAGGACCAUGAGUUAUGUUGGUGCUUUUGAUGAAGAUACACUGGUGGCGAUUUCAAGUUUGCCUGGGGUGGCCAAGAUUGCCUAUGUGCGUGCGGAUGGGAAGCGACGAUAG